UGGCUCUUUCCUUCUCUCCCAGCCUCACGUCCCUGCUUUCUGGAUUGGUCUCCAUUCCUACCUCCCUCUGACCUACCUUCUCCCACAUCCUUCUCUUGAUCCAACUCCUACCAGUGGCAGAUCAGAGGCAAAAGGCCAAGUGGAGCUGGACAUGGUGCUUGCUGCUUUUGAUGACCAAUAUAUAGGAUGUGCCAAUAAAAUGGAUGAAAUUGUGCCUGGACUAUUAGAGAAAGAAAAGCCCAUGUCCUCGCGGUUGAGAAUGGUGUGGGAAACCUCAGAAAAAAAAUGGCAAGAAGUAAAAACAAAGCUUCCUCUCCCCACGGGCUUUAAGGAUGAGCAUGGAAGAGCCAUAGUAGCCUAUACUGACAAUGACUUUCACGAGGAGUUUAAUCAUGCAGUAAAAAGUACUGGGACAUCUCGAGAUAACUACAUGGAGCAUUUUCAGUUCAAAGCCUUUCAUUAUUAUUUGACAAGAGCCUUACAGCUCUUACGAGGGAAGUGUGACGAGAGGUACAAAAUGGCGGUGUACCGGGGGGUUAAAGGCAUUAGAUUUCAGCACACAGGAUCAGACCCCAUUAGGUUUGGACAAUUUACCUCUUCCUCAGUUAAUAAAGAAGUGGCUAAGAUAUUUGGCACAGACACAUUUUUCACCAUCUACACGUGCUUCGGCGUUGACAUCAGGAACUUCUCAAACUUUCAGGAGGAGGAAGAAGUGUUAAUCCCAGUCCAUGAGAUAUUCAGAGUGUUUCAAGAAGAAGGGAGUACAACUAACAGCUAUGUCCUCCGGAGCACAAACCAGACCUGCAGCCACUUUAACUGCGCGUAUCUGGACAGAAACAAGGACCAAAUGUGUGUUUAUAACUCUGCUACCAGAGGAGGCGUCGCCUUCCCCAGUAGGACGAGCCUUUCACUAUUUGGAGGAUCCGUCAUCCUGAUCCACGCUGCUGCUCUGAAGCUGAUGGCCGGUGUCUAAAUUUUCCUCUUUCUGUUGCUCAUUUUUUCUCUCUCUAACACAAAUCACAGGGAUGGGGCUUGCCAGAGCCAAAGCCGCUCUGCUCUCCUGCCAGUGUUUGAAAUGGAAACCGAUGGAGUGUCGCUGGUACCUGCUUGGGCAGCUUUGAUUAGACGCGCCGCAUUAGUAGAUCACAAUGAAAGCUUAUGGAUCUAUAGCAAAUAGUUAGAGCUAUAAACAGGUGCUUGUUGUAUAAAUCAUUGCUUAUAUUCCAGUCAAGUUUGCACUUUUGUACCAGCUUUUUGUGACUUCAGCAAAAGUGUCUUGAUCUGCCCACGGCAAAUGUGUUGUUUUCAUACAUGUGGAUUAUACUCCCACCUCAAAGAUAAGAUCAGAGGUGGUCUCUGAUAUGAGCCGAGCCCGGAGCCACCCAACAGACUCUCCCAGAAGAUGUUAGACUUUUAGUAGUUGAACUUUCUGUUCCCUACUUACUUGGGGGUGAGUGUAUGUUUAUGAACCCUGUUUGUCAUGGUUUCCCACCUCAAUGCAGAGUCGCUUCCCUCCUUUUAUUAAA